AUGUGUAAACUGUCUGGCACACCUAAAGAUCCAAACUUGAAAUUGGGGUUCUGCGAGGAGGAUAGUUUAGUCGAGAAAGAGCAAUAUCAAAGAUUAGUUAGCAAACUAAUCUACAUGAAUCAUUUGAGGCCAGAUAUUACAUUUGUGGUGACGAUCCUUAGUCAAUUUAUGCAUGAUCCUCGGGAACCUCAUCUUCAAGUUGCAUACAGAGUAUUGGCCUGUUUAAAAGGUACAAUUGGUCAAGGAUUAUUAUUCAAAAGAAAUGGUAGAACCUCAAUGAAAAUCUACAUGGAUGUAGAUUAUGCAUGCUCAGUGGUUGAUCAGAGGUCAACCUUAGGAUAUUGCUCUUUUAUUGGGGGAAAUCUAAAGACCUAG